UCUUGGCUGUCUUCACUCCCUCGGCCGAGUUCCGCGUCUCGGCUCAUUAUUUAAAUCCCGCAGCACUUCCUCCUUGGAGAUCGAACCCGAGACCGCCGACACCAUGUCCGAGCAAGGGGCCUUCGACACCAACGUGAUCACCGUGACCCGCUUCGUCAUGGAGGAGGGCAGGAAGGCCAAAGGAACCGGAGAACUGAGCCGGCUGCUCAAUGCGCUGUGCACGGCCGUCAAAGCCAUCUCCAGCGCGGUCCGCAAAGCCGGCAUCGCCCACCUCUACGGUAUCGCGGGCAGCACCAACGUAACGGGCGACCAGGUGAAGAAGUUGGACAUCCUGUCCAACGACCUGGUCAUCAACAUGAUCAAGGCGUCUUUCACUUCCUGCGUGCUGGUGUCGGAGGAGAACGACAAAGCCAUCAUUGUGGAUCCUGAGACCAGGGGCAAGUAUAUUGUGUGUUUCGACCCUCUGGAUGGUUCCUCCAACAUUGACUGUCUGGUCUCCAUCGGAACCAUUUUCGCCAUCUACAGGAAGGCCACGGACGACGAGCCGUGCGAGAAGGAUGCCCUGCAGCCCGGCCGAAACCUGGUGGCGGCGGGCUACGCCCUCUAUGGGAGCGCCACCAUGAUGGUGCUCUCCACCGGCCAGGGGGUCAACUGCUUCAUGCUGGACCCGGCCAUCGGAGAAUUCAUCCUGGUGGACCGUGACGUGAAGAUGAAAAAGCGAGGCCAGAUCUACAGCCUGAAUGAAGGCUAUUCCAAAUACUUUGAGCCGGCCGUCACCGAGUAUUUGCAGAAGAAGAAGUUCCCUCAGGACGGCAGCGAGCCCUACGGCGCUCGCUACAUCGGCUCCAUGGUGGCCGACGUCCAUCGGACGCUGAUGUACGGCGGAAUCUUUUUAUACCCUGGCAAUGCCAAGAGCCCCCAGGGGAAGCUGCGUCUGCUCUACGAGGGAAACCCCAUGGCCUUCAUCAUCGAGCAGGCAGGGGGCGCCGCCUCCACGGGCUUCGAGAACAUCCUGGACAUCCAGCCGUACAGCAUCCACCAGCGGGCCCCCGUGGCCAUGGGCUCCUCGGACGACGUGGCGGAUUACGUGGCCAUCUGCCGCAAGCACGCAAAGUGAGACGUCGGCGCGGGAGAGCUUUCCAACUCCAAAAGUAUUUGAUUGCGACACUCCUGUUGCUCUCUGAAGGACUUUAUGAAGAAAAUAUGUCCCACCGUGAUGCACUGGAAACAUGAAGACGUCCCCCACACGACCCCAAGUCAAAAACACAAUAAAUCUCACAGGUUGA